AUGGCACCCCAACAACGGAUGCAAAUCCCUGGAUUCUACUACGACGAGGAGAAGGGAAAGUACUUCAAGAUCGAAAAGACGCAGUCGGCGCCGCAGAACGCCGCGUGGUCCGCAGAGAGCGUCAAGCGGCGCAAGGUCAAGCAUCGCGAGGCCGAGGCCGUCGCGGCGCGCCAGGAGAGGCUUAAGCGGCACAUUGUCCGGUCCGCCGUGCUCCGGGACCCGCUCCUCGGCGGAUUCCUCGAGGCCGAGCUCGGCGUCGUGAAGAGAGAGAGAAAGAUCCGGAGCGGUGGCGGCGGCGGCAGCAGCUUUGGGGUGAAUGAUGUCCCUGCCGCUGCGUGGGCGAGGGGGUUGACGGACAAGGGGGAUGUGCCGUUUGUGCCCAGCUUCGCGACGGGGAGGUUUCCCAACAUCCCGUGCUUUUGGGUCAGUGGGCACGACGACAAGACGGGGCUCGGGGUUGCGUAUGCGACUAACAACCUCCGUCACAUCUCCUACCGCAGCGGCCGCCACGAGGGUGUCGUAAACUCAACAACCAUAGGACCGCCUUCCUCGUCCAAUCUGGUCUGCGUCAUCGGCACCAGCUUCGGCCUGCUCAGACUCAUGGGCGACGAGCGCGUCAGAUGGCUCGGCCCGCCCCGGCCCCGCCCCGGUCCCCCAGAGGGCGACUUCUUCACCUCGUCCUUCCUCCCGGACAACCCCAACGUCCUAUUCGCGGGCGGCCGCAACCCCACCAUAAAGCUGAUGGACAUGCGCACGAUGUGGGACGCUUGGGAGCUCCUCCCCAUCGGGCCCGUCGCGCACCUGGAGGCCGUGAACCCGCACCAGUUCGUCGCGGCGGGGCCGCGGUCGCUGAUGGCCGUGUUCGACAUACGCUACCGCCGCCUGCUCCCGAACGGCGUGCGGCCGGUGGUCGAGUUCGAGGGGUACAAGAACGACGCGCACAUGCACAUCGGCUGGGCCGUCGACGCGGACGCCGGGGUCGUGGCGGCGGCGCACGAUGACGGGGCCGUGGGGAUGUAUUCGCUGCUGUCGGGGCGGAGGCUGCGGUGUCCUGCUGUGGACGGGAUCAAGGGCCGGACGCCGAUUAAGAGUUUGAGGUUUACGGCUAUGCCGGGGAAGCGGCACAAGAGCUUGUUUGUUGGGUUGGGGCCGAAUUUGAAGAUGAUUAGUGUCGGGGCUUUGGGGGCGGAUGAUGAGUGUUGA